AUGGGUUCUAGUGCUAAGAAAAAGAAGGAGAAGAAGAAGGACUUCCAGAAACCAAAGCACAAAGUCGGAAAAGCCAAACCCAAAGCCUCAAAUUUCACCGAUACCAGUUUCAAAUCCAAAGCGAUUGUUGUGGGACACCAGUCACUCUCUACCGUAGCACCAGACAUUACCCAGCAGUUUAAACAUAAUCUCUCUUUAGCCUCAUCGGCAAAAUCGGACAAGCAAAGACAAGAAGCAUUGUCUUAUCUGACGACACAGCUCUCCUCGGAACCUGCAGUAAAUCCUCUUGGGGCUCCGUUACUGCUCUCUAAGCUGCUUCCUUUGAUAUCAGAUAGCUCAACGCCUGUCCGUGCUCAGCUUUUGAAAUUAUUUCGAGCUCUUCCGGAGGACGAAGUGCGUCAUAGCGCCGAACAAGCAAUCCUGUACAUUCGCGCUGGAAUGACUCACCUCUCAGCUGACAUCGGCAACGACUCUCUGGGGUUCAUGGAAUGGUUGCUUGAUAUUGCGGACGAGGACCUCGUAAGUUGUCCAGGGGGCUGGGUGAAAACUCUAAAUACGUUUUGCGCCAUGCUUGGGUGGUCGAUAUCAUCCAAGAAAGACGGCUGGUCCUCUGGUGGUGCAGGGCAGAAAGUUGCUCGUGGCAAGGUCGCACAAAAUCAGGCACGCUGCCUAGAAGCACUAACCAAAUUCCUUCGAGCGGGUUUCCAGCCAGAAACUGAAAUGGUAUCCAACCCGAGAGCUGCACAUGACAAUUUGUAUCGUGUCCCACGAAGGCCAAGUGCUUUUGCAUAUCUAAACCUGGCAGGUCCUCGUCGAGAUGGCGAUGCAGAAAUGUACUUGGAUCGUGAAUCCCGGCAACGUGUUUUCCACAAGAAAUUUCAUGAGGCUAUCUCACGAGGAUUAGAGCAGACAAAGAAGGAGGGUGGCUCGACAGGUCGAUCUGCCGCUACCCUGAGCCAGUUGCUCUUGGGAGAUGAAGGAAUGGGGGAUUACGAACCUUCUGGCGCCAUAGAAACAGAAGAUUUAUUAGAAUUAUGGUAG